AAAUGGCGCAAAGCGUGAUUUGGAUGAUUAUCUGCAAGACGCCACGUAUUGAUUAACUUAUGUUCCGAUCAGAUUCCUGGGAGCUUAUCAUCUCCUUCAGGCUGGCGUGCCCGUGAUGUGACCGUUAACCAAGCGCAGUUUCACUCCAGAGUGUUCUGCAUUUUGUUUCACUGUGCAGAGCGCUGCCCGCGAGUCCUCAUCUGUGUGUCUUUUUGUUGGAUUUUCUUCCUGCUAUACAUAUGUUGCUCGUCUUGGAACGGAAGAAAGAUGGAAAAGCAGGGCCCUUCCAUUUGCUUCCACAGAUUUAUCGAUCUCUCUCUCAAGCUCCAAAUCGCUAGCCUCCACAAGAAGGAAAUCGUCAAUCCUGCAGAAACCUUGGGUUUCCUGAUUGCUGUUUGUUUUUCGGCUAUUAUGUAUAGACUUCCAAGCCCUUUGUGCACAAGGGUUCAAUGGAUAUCGUCCCUUUGUUCAGGUAGUACUCGGAGAAGUUUGUCAAGGGCCGAUGGGACAAGGAGCAUUGCAUUUCAUAAUGGCAGAAAUACAAGACCUCCCUCUCUGUUGCAGAAGAUGGGGGCUUUGGAUGUAAAGAAGUUGGUGACAGACACCAGGGGUGGCUUCUCAUAAUUUGCAAUUGGUUACAUGGGGUGUUUUCUCUUUAUACCAAAGUUAGAGAAAGAGUUCAACUUUGGUAUAUAUUUGAGAAUUAGUUUUUUUUAUAUUUUUUAUAUUUUUAAUUCUAAUUCUGUGGUAUAUAUCUUCUCCAAAUUAAGAGAACUUUGUGAUUAUAAACAUUUUCAUCAUUCAAGGGAGUCAGACUGAUGAUUGUUUGCACUACAACUUAGUCAUGUUAGACUAAUAAUUUUUCCAUCAA